CAGAGGCUUGCUUUUUUCUAGAAACCAGCUUGAAAGUUUUUGUUGCCUCUUGAAAAAAUUUUUCUGAAGUGAUCGAACGGUUACAGAACCCUUGCACUGGUGUGACUCCUUCGGUUUGUCCGAUGACGACUUUGGACGACAAGUCCCUUUGGGAGGAUGGAGAGGAGCAGAUCGACGACGAAGUCCUCCGUAUGUCCACAGACGACAUCGUUGGGCGUGGUCGGCUCAUAGACAAUGAUAUCAAGGUGAUGCGAAGUGAAUUGAUGAGAAUAACUCACGAGCUGCAGUCGCAACAAGAUAAGAUCAAAGAAAACAACGAGAAGAUUAAGGUCAACAAGACUCUUCCUUACUUAGUGUCGCAUGUUGUCGAGCUUCUCGAUGUGGAUCCAGAAGAGCAGGAGGGUGGAAAUGUCGAUUUGGACUCGCAACGCAAAGGCAAAUGUGCUGUAAUCAAGUCAUCAACCCGUCAGACAUACUUCCUUCCUGUCACUGGUCUUGUCGACCCUUUAAAACUCAAGCCCAAUGACUUAGUGGGUGUAAACAAGGAUUCUUACCUCAUCCUAGACACGUUACCGCCGGAGUAUGACUCUCGAGUAAAAGCAAUGGAGGUGGAUGAUAGGCCGACAGAGCAGUACAACGAUAUUGGUGGUUUGGACAAGCAGAUCAAUGAGCUCGUUGAGGCUAUUGUCUUGCCCAUGACACACAAAGACCGCUUCGAUGACUUAGGCAUUCAGCCACCAAAGGGUGUACUGCUGUAUGGUCCACCUGGUACUGGAAAGACACUCCUGGCCAGAGCGUGUGCAGCACAGACUAAUUCAACCUUCUUGAAGCUAGCUGGCCCUCUCCUUGUUCAGAUGUUCAUUGGUGAUGGUGCAGCUCUUGUCCGCGAUGCAUUUGCACUGGCCAAGGAAAAGCAGCCAGCAAUUAUCUUCAUUGAUGAGUUGGAUGCGGUGGGAACAAAGAGAUUCAACAGUGUUCACACCGGCGAUCGCGAGGUGCAACGUACCAUGUUGGAGUUGCUGAACCAACUUGACGGUUUUGAGCCAAACACGAAAAUCAAGGUUAUUGCAGCUACUAAUCGUGUUGACAUUCUCGAUCCAGCUCUACUGCGAUCAGGUCGUCUUGAUCGGAAAAUUGAGUUCCCCCUUCCAACAGAAGAGGCCCGCGCCCGUAUUAUGCAGAUCCAUUCAAGAAAGAUGAACACAAGUCAUGAUGUGAACUUUGAGGAGUUAUCUCGCAGCAUGGAUGACUUCAAUGGUGCCCAGUGCAAGGCAGUGUGUAUUGAAGCGGGCAUGAUCGCUUUACGACGAGGUGCCGCCGAGUUGACACAUGAAGACUACAUGGACGCUAUCCUUGAGGUACAAGCCAAGAAGAAGACCAACCUGGAUUAUUUUGCAUGAGUCCAUAUGCUGUGUAUACUACUUGCUGCUGUAUAAUACUAAUAUUUUUGAAGAAAAAAACAUCGUCAACACCCAUUUUCACUCACUGCCUACGCUAACUCAUGUCUCAUUUUAGGGACGCAGCUUGCCGCUCUCCUUUCAUGUUCUCUGUUUUAUAUACUAGUACCAAGUAUGUAUUCUUUUACCACAUUUCUUUCGUUUAAAUUGCCAACCCUGCGCCAGGCUCAGGAGCUAUGCAUGAUAGGUUUGCAAAUCCAUGCAUUCUCUCUCUCUCUCUCUCUCUCUCUCUCUCUCUCUCUCUCUCUCUCUCUCUCUCUCUCUCUCUCCCUCUCUCUCUCUCUCUCUCUCUCUCUCUCUCUCUCUCUCUCUCUCUCUCUCUCUCUCUCUCUCUCUCUUCUCUCUCUCUCUCUCUCUCUCUCUCUCUCUCUCUCUCUCUCUCUCUCUCUCUCUCUCUCUCUCUCUCUCUCCCUCGCUCUGUUUUCAAAUGUACAGUGUGUGCUGCUAUGUUGCUAUGUUUUCACCAGUUUGCAUAUUGUGUGCUUGCAUGUUCAGAUAUCUAUUUCCACCCGAGUGGACAAAGUUGUAUUGUGUUGGUGACUAGCUGAGCCAGCAACUGUUGAUUGUUAUCCAAUGUGCGUAAUACCACUCCGGUGUCUGCAUGCGGCGUA